CUCGCCAAUUUUUUUUGGUACAGAAACCGACGAGUCGGGCAUUGUUUCAACAGCCAAGUGAACGGGACUUGCAAAUUCGAGUUUCCUGCCCAGACAUCUGCUGAUGACUGCAAUCAUGCCUCGCACCGCCCUCUUCGUCAUCGACAUACAAAAGGAGCUCGCCGAUGACCCGCAGACAGAAAUCCCACACGCCGCGCGCAUUCGCGACGCCGGCGACAGGAUCCUCGACGCGGCGCGGAAUCUUGCCUCGUCGGUUCCCCAGGGCAAGCAGCCGGCGUUGAUUGUUUUUGUGCAGCAUGAAGAGCGCCCCGAGCAGGGCACACUGGCCAACGGCAGCGAGCCGUGGAAGCUCGUCUUCAACCCCCGCGAAGGCGCCAAAGACGAGAUUCUAGUGGCUAAGAUAACCCGGGACACAUUUGAGUCCAACCCGCAUCUGGCGGAGAAGCUCAAGGAACAGGGGAUCGACGGUAUUGUUGCAUUUGGCAUCCAGAGCGAGUGCUGCGUACAGGAGACAUGCAAAGGCGCCCUGGCGGCCGGAUUUGGAGUGACGAUUCUCCGGGGGGCGCAUUCGACAUACGACACCAAGGGGAAGUCGGCGGUGGACAUUGAGAGGAGCGUCGAGGAGAUGCUGCAGACCCGCGGUGCCAAGGUUGUGCCUUGGGAGGACGCCGUGGCACGUUGGCAGGGCGCCGGUGUAGUGUUCUAGUCAGUCAUAACUCGCGAUGGGGUCUUUCCACGCUCCCUUCAGGCGACUGCAUACGCCAAAUGGCGGCUUUAUUCUGGUAGAUAGUUAUCUGGGCUGGUUUACAGUU